GUGGUAGGUGAAGGUUAUGCUGUGUCGCGCUCUGAUCGCUCAGCCUGGAAUCUCCCGCAAACGCCUUGCCGUGCUUGUUGAUGUAAGCUUCGACGGAAAUUGUUGGGCGUCAGAUGAAGAAAAAGCGAUGACUGAUGCUAUAGAUAUUCAUAGAGAACAGUGUUAACUUUUGAGAGAUAUUGAUAAAACACGGUUAAAAUACUGAAAGAAAAAAUAUUUAUCAACAAUGAAGUGGUUAUUAUUAACAGCGUUCACUCUAGUGAUGUUCCUUCCUUCGGGAGAGACUGCUUGCUACUUCCCAGUGGAGUACCAGGGGGUGUUCGAGACGCAGUCCGCAACCACGGACGCUAAGCUUCACAAAUAUUCCUCCAUCACGAUUCUGCCAGACGCGAUCCCUGGUUGGGGCGUGUGUAAGAGCAGACACGGCUUGUCCGUAGUGCUGCACGACCGGACUACUGGCCGUGACUGCUUCAGAUGCUUUCAUGUCUUGCUACGGUCCCCCAACGUCAUUCAGGUCUACACAGAACCGUCGAGCCAGUGCUACCAGAACGAAGUGUCAGCGCGAGCCUCGUGCCCGUCUGAGCUCGACAUCUCGACGCAGCGCGUGAACGAGAUCAUGCUUUACAAAAACAAGACCUUCACUUUCGAAGGCACAAUCGAGCGUGUGUUCUGCCCUAUCAACGGCGCUUACGACUUCACGUACGACGUCAACGACGGACUGGAAACGGUCAAUGAAUGUCCACAGUCUACGUCAGCGCUCCAAAACUGUCCUCGGGGCUCCGAACUCAGCCUCAACUUCCAGCGGUGCACAUUUUCGGACGUGCAAAUGAGCUUGCGGUGCCUGGGCGACUGGCCGGGGCGGGACGGCGCGCGCUACCUCGCGCUGCUCGACACCUCGCCUCAGAGCCCGGACCAGCCCAGAUACAGAUGCGCUAUGUACAUCGAGGACGAAACAACGGGAGUGAUCAACCUAAGUUUCAGCGUUGACGCGACCUGCAACAACCAACUGAAGUCGCCGUAUCAAGGAUACGAGACGAUGGUGCUCACCCCGCGCGCUGUCGUCCAACCCCCCAACGAAGUCAAGAGUCACGCUUGCGUCUUCCCUGACUGGGCGCGUGGCAAGUGGCAAAAUCUAGAGAUUCUGCGUCACGACGUGCGGCUCAAAGACAAGACCUCAGACCGAGUCUUCCAGAUGGAGUGUCUCUCUCAGCACGCGCCACACGGGGAGCGAUAUGCCGUCUUCGCCAGGGAUCAGUGCGGCCGGGAAGAGUUCACCUGCAUUUGGAUUAAGAAGAGAGCUGUUAAUGUCAUCGAAUUCCAAAUGUCAAACUACCCGAGCGAUCACUACAACCAGUCGCAGGUGUGUGCCGACGCCAUGUUUGUCGGCCAGCAUUGGAGCACUGAAGGACGCGUCGGUGAGCACGAGGUUCCCUCGUGUCCUAUACAAGGCGAGCACAGCGGCGUCCUGCCCGACGCUACAGAUCUCUGCGCCAAGCUCGUCUCAGACUGCAGCUCCCCACAGCGCAUGCAUUACACAGUCGCGUCUUGCUCCAAUUCUUCGGAGGUUUAUGAAGAAUCAUCGAAAAUGUCGGCAUUUUAUGCAUCCAAACCCCGGUUGCGUCGUGAAGUUUACAGGAUCAGAGACAUAGGAAAACUCUUGCGUCGACAUCACUCUCAUCAACCGACGACAGUUUCAAGUGGACCAAGAAACAGUGACACUUCAUCCCAGUCUCAGAACGGUGACCCAGCAUUGCUAUUUGAUUCUAUCCAUACUCUAACCGCCCGUGAUCUGCUACAGAACAGUACCGUCUUCAUAUCUGCAGGAGACCUUUCACGGGCAGCUCGACUUCCCGACCAUUCUUUGCUGGCACUCAAAUUACAAGAUGAUACAGUUGAGAUUCCGACUACAGCAUCGCAAAAAGAAUCGCUAGGCACGAGUUAUCGUCAAUUGGUGCACGGGCCCGGAUUUGCAUACCUGGGUGGUUUCCAAGUUAAUUUAACAGACACAACAACCGCGCGACCAACUACAGAGACCGAGUCAUUCGUGUACCCUGGAGGAUUUGUACGGUUAACUGAGGUCUCCUCUACUACAAGACGACCGUUGCCGCAUGAAAGUCCUUUCUACCGCGUCAUUCCUUCCAUCAAUCAACGAGAAUCUGAACAAAUCCGGGAAGUUUUCGAUGGUCUAAUGGAAGAUCGUGAGUACCGCUGUCUGGGGCGGUGGUCUGAGGGAGGUGUUACUUACACCUACACCCACCGCAUCGACGUUGACACUUACGAGUGUUUUGCAGGAGUCGUUGUUAACACCAAAGAAAUUUUUAUUAUCGAGGCUGGCACGAGUUGCUUACGAGGCUUGCAACCUCUCGCACACGGCAUGAAGCUCGUGCAAAGAGCAACGUGUAGUGACCUACGAGAGCGAGCCGCCGCCACGUCCACGACGACCACCUCACCCGCCACCGCCACCGCCAGCCCCAACGCCCCGGACAACCGAGAGGCUGAAAUGCAUCCGUGGUGGCGGGACGCAGCUCGCAAUCCCUGGCAAAAGAAUCCGCGGAUUACAACCGGCCGACCUUACGCGGUAGAUCAAAGACCGCACCUGAGUUCGGGUCAAUCGUUUGUACUGCACUGGUGGUUGUGGUUACCGACGUUGAUGAUACUAGCGUUCAGCACUUCAUAGUCCCAAAAAUGUCGCGUUGUUACUAGAGUACCUUAUCUGUGCAUUAUUGUUAGGGCAGUAACAUUGUAUGAAAAUGACUGUCAAUUGUGUUCUGUAUUUAAAUUUGUACCAAUUCAUUUAUGGUAUUGCAUUGAUGUACUAGUGUUUAUUAUUGAAUUUGGCGUGUGUGGUAAAUUUUUCUUGCACGGUCGUAACUUUGUUGCAAUGGGAUUGUUCCUAUAAAAUUAAAGCGUAUGCCGCCCUAUGCGUUAAUAAAGAAACUGCUAACCGUGAACGACUAAAUUAUGGCUUUCGUCUUAUAGAUUAUCUCUGUGGAACCUUCUGCCGUCCAGAAAGACCAGAAAGUUGUGCCUUCUUAAGAACGACAGAAGUGGCUGUAAUAAUCAAAGUUAUAUUUGUAUACAUUUUUCUCGUAAUAAUCAAUAUAAAUUCUUAAUUUUUACUCGCGAUCUAGAAAAAAAUUUUUUACAUAGAAAAAAGUAAGAUUUUCCUAGCAUCUCGCUAAAAAUCAUUAGAGUUUCAGUCAAUAUUUUCAGGGUAUCCAUCUUUGGGGUCAAUAUUUUUGGGAUGGCACGCAAGUUCCUGUCCGUGGUUCGUUCCUAAUUAUCUAUUAAUUUAGAUUAUACGGUGUCGUUGAGUGGCUAAUUUCUCGAAAAGAAACACGACUAUCGUAUAUUACGACGCAUUAAGCUUCUGCUUAAACCAAAUAUCUAAAAAGAUAGGUUGAAUUUGCUUAUUGUUUUCCAACGUCGUGUUUAUUUCUCAUGAAUUCUCUCCUUGAUGUACACGAUAGUUUCCUGCGCACUCAUCUCAUAGAUGAACUGGUCAUAUUGUUAGCAUAUCAUCUGUUAGCCUAUAAUUUUAGUGGUUUUCGAGGUAUAAUUUUUCAUCAUCGGUUCACCUAUGUGCGGUAGAAAAUUAUCUACGAUAGAAAUUUUAACGUAACGAGAUUUCUAUCUUUGAAUAUAAUCGUUUGUUCAUCGCAGUUUACUUUAUUGAUUGAGUUGGAUUUUUCGAAAAAAAAUUAAAGCGCUUCAUACGCCUCCUGUUCUAGUCAUGCCACUUUUACCAGAAGUAUUGCGCUUCUUUUGGUUACAUGUAUUUUUUUCCUCUUGUAUUCAUGAUGAAUUAAGCACGUCUCUUGGUUGUAAUAUUAGGUCACAUGCACAUGUAGCGUCUCUACAAUAAGUAUUGGCAAUUAUUAACUUAAAUUUCCCACCUUAAUUAAUGGCAUCAGUGUAAUGGUAAUUCAAUCUAGUUAGGUCACUAAGAAAUCUACCUCCUUACAAUUUUGUUUCGUCUAAUGCAGUGCUUAUUGUAAUAACGAGAAGUUCAUGAACUUCAAUUUUAAGGUUUAGCGUAUUUAAUUUAAUUCCAUAAUUUUUCUAUUUUGGAAUAUCCUAAUAUUUAGCAGGUUUUCAGGGUAUUCAAAAAGUCCCAACGAAUAGAUUUUUUUAUUGUCAUCCACUAUAUGGCUGCUGUGGGAUCAACGGCGGCGAUAGUCACGCUCAAUUCCUGUCUAUUCUAUCCGAUAAUUGUUGACAAUAUUUAACUGUAUUAUACAUGCACUGUACAUAAAAUUAUAGUACGUUAAUCUGUGAUUUCUCUUGUUAUAUGUCUAUUUGUUGUAGAUAAAUUUGUUAUUAAAUAAGACUUGAAAUCAAAA